GCCGGAUGUUGACAGGUUCUUCUCACGUUUCCAUCACUGCACAUAUCUAGAACUUUCUAGGUACUUCAUCGCCACUGCCUGUUUUUUCACUAAAGCAUGGCAACUGAGCGCACCUUCCCGGAUAGCUUCAUCGAUGAAGACCCACAGAAAGCUCUGGAGGAACUGAAUGAUGCUUUGAAAGGAGAUGCCGACAAUGCUGAGUGGAUUUGCCAGCGUGCCUAUGCCCACAUAUUACUCAAAAACUACAGCAGUGCUGUUGAUGAUGCAAAAAGGGCAGAGCAACUAAAACCAAGUCUACCUCUGGCCUUUAUGCGAACAGGGAUAGCAGAGUACCACCUGAAUAACUUUCAAUCUGCGCAUGCUGCCUUCACUAAAGGACAUCAGUUGGAUACUUCGGACAAUUCAUAUGAGAUUUGGAUCAAGCGUUGUGAGGAGAUGCUGGACGAGAUGUUGCCAAACAGCGGAGACACCCGGCAGGCACCAGCAGCUCCCAACGUGAAGCAUGACUGGUACCAGACGGAGUCUCAAAUCAUCAUCACAGUCAUGGCCAAAAAUGUUCCCAAAGAUGGCGUCUGUGUCAAUUUCAUGGAGAAAGAGCUCUCUGCGUCGAUACGACUGGCUUCAGGUGACACUCACAACCUCCACUUUCAUCUCCUGCAUCCCAUCAUCCCAGAACAGAGCAACUUCAAGAUCCUUACAACUAAGGUGGAGAUGAAAAUGAAGAAGACAGAUGCCAUCAGAUGGGAGAAGCUGGAGGGAGAAGGACAAGAAUCCAGCAUCAAACACUUCAAUCCCAACCAGUACCCCACAUCCUCCCACUACACCCGAAAGUGGGACAAGAUGGUGGUUGACAUCAGCGAGGAGGAGAAGAACGAGAAGCUGGAGGGAGACGCGGCUCUCAACAAGCUCUUCCAGCAGAUCUACUCGGACGGUUCGGACGAGGUGAAGCGAGCCAUGAACAAGUCUUUCAUGGAGUCGGCCGGUACGGUCCUCAGCACCAACUGGAAGGACGUGGCCAAGAGAAAAGUGGACGCUAGCCCACCGGACGACGUGGAGUUAAAGAAGUUCUGAACACCUCAAUGUCCCCCCCCAACCCUCCCUCACUCCCCUCCCCAUACCCUCCCCUCCCUCUUCCCCUCUGUUCGACCCCAUUUUCAGCAGGGAUUUCUCAUGCUCUGCUCCCUCCUCAUCCUCCACUUCCUUCAGCUCCUGGUCCCGUCGUCGAUGGCCAUUUUCAAUUCAGCUCUGUUUUUCCAAUCAUGUCACGAAUCUCACUUUCAACUCGGCACUUGAUGAGCUCAGCUAAUUUCAGAGCAGCGAUGAAAAGAUAAAUGCAAUUUAAGAGUCAGCUAUGGAAGGAAAGCAAACUGGACGUUCAUGGAUGCCUUUGUGACACAGUUAUAAAGAGAUUUGUUUUAAGAAUUCUGUCUGACUAGAGGAGUCAGAGAGCGAAACUGACCUGACCACUCUGGUUGAUCUGGCUAUAAUUUUAGGGUGAAUAAAAGAUUUGUUGUUUGGCUCACUACUCUGAUCAUGUGCCCUUUUUCUUGCACCAAAGUGUCGCAAUUGCCCCGUCGCCUUCCAGAAACACACACAGAAAUGUGUUGUGACAGAAAGAUCCGUGCUGACGGAGAGUGAAUCCGGCCCUGUUGAUGUGCAGUAGGCUCUAAAUAUGGCCGACAGCUUCAGGAUACACUUUUGUUUUUGGUUGUAAGUUUAUUGGAUUGGAGGAUGUGUGAGUGCGGAAACCUGCCGUGGACUUGAGCCACACGUGAAAGCUGCCUCUGAGCAGGGGGCGUCCUGCCGAGGCAGGGGACGCAUUAAUAUGGAUCAACCUGCGGAGCGCAUCACGGAGUGUUAAAUUCAUCGCAUCGUUUCAUCUCGCACGACGAUCAAACGGCACUCAGUGGCUGCAGAUCGAAUUCUUAUUCUCUCUCGCUUCCACACACUCUCCCCAUAUCCCUCACACACACACACACAAACAGACGCCCCCAUCCGUACCCCCUACCCCUGCCCAAGGCGGCGGCACUGUGACAUCAAAAGGAGCUAAGCACUUUGCAUCGUGGGUAAGAUCUCUGAGCAUGACGGCUACAGAGUCUUUAGUCUCAUUAAAGAGUGGAGGAGCAGCAAGUCUCACAUGAAAGACUCGGCAAACUUCUCCGCUCGACGCCUUCGGAGUCAUAACCUGAUGUGACGUGUCACAACGCUGGAAUAUAGAAGUGUGAACCAGGGUGGAAGUUCCCCCAAAUAAUGACGCAAAUUCACUCAUAAUCUAGUUAAUAUCAUAUUAGAUUUUGAAAUCGUGGGUUGUCUUUACUGGAGAUGUCGACUGGAUUGUAGCUGACUUUUCUGUUAUUUCUGUUAUACCGUGGUUUUCAAACUUCAGGCCCGUGGGCACAUCGAAGCCCAUAGAACAAUGUUUUGGGGCCCACUUCUUGUCUGUUUGCGUUUGGUUCAGUCACCUGACAAUUUCUCAAAGCACUCAUUGCCGCUGUGUUUGCUGAAGAGCUGAAGCAUCUCAAAGUUUUUUUUUUUUUGUUUUUGUUUUUGUGGGCGAGAUCAACAUUCAUGUGAGCCACGUGCCCGAGGCACAUAUCCGGAAACUUUCGGUGGCGACUCUCCCUCCUGCAGCCCUCAGGUAAGUUGAGUUUCUGACUCCCUAACUACUUGUUUACGGCUAAUAAUUAUGAUGCUGUUUAGAGUGAACAUCCAGUGGCCAUUCCAGGGUGAAAUCUAGUCUGUCUCAACCAGACACUGAUCAGUACUUUAUAAUGAUGAGUUACUGGCUAUUACUGUAUACUGUGAAUACACCUAUGAAUAAGUAGUUUAUUUCGGGCAGUAAAUGUUCCCUGAUCUAAUAUGUGACCAACUUAUUUGAAUUUUUUAGUAGAUUUAUUUAUAACAUGGAACAAAUCCAACUUCAUUUCUUUGCUUUAGUUAUUACCCGUUGUCGUAGUUAUCACACGUUAUGAUCAGUCAUUACAUACGUUUUGUGGCGAAUGGUGAAAUAUGUGCCGAGUCAACACAAUUGUGACUUGAUGUCAUGGUCAUUUCCUGAUAGUCAACCAGGUUUGCAUCUGUCGAAGGUCACUAUAACUCAGGAACAUUGCUUAGCGCAGACCUGGGCAAAGUGUGACCCGGGGGCCAAAUGCGGCCAGAUGCCUGUAUUUUCAUGGCCCUUUUGAUGUCAGACUAAAACUGUAACUUAUAUGUUGUAAUUUUUUUGUUCGUUCUCUUUUCGUCACCACCAGUAAAUGCAGCAUGUUCUUGUUUGAAGACUAUAAUUUUCUUAUUUUCAUUGGCCAUUUUUGUGUUUCUCUUGUUCCUCUGGUCCAUAGUUAUGUUGAAUUAUAUUCAAAUUAAAUGCAUAUAAAAUGAAAUAGUUUAAUAGGUUUCAUGCCAUAUUUACACUUCUUAAUAUCCUUACUUACAUAUAAUCUUCUUAGGUUCAUAGUCCUUGUUACUUAAGUUUAUAUUAUGGAUAUUUUUUCUGUCAUGUUUUGUAGUCAUCGCUGUCUUUCUUUUGAUAAUGGCCCCCUCAAAACAGUUAGUUUCUAAUGUGGCCCUUUAGGAAA